CCCGCCUUUAUUUUCUUCUUCUCUCUUACUCUUCUUUUACCCACUUGAUAGUAACCUAGCCAUGAAGACCUUCAGCUUGAUCGCCACUGCCAGUCUUGUACUCGCCGCCACUGCUGGCGUUGCUAAUGCCGCAUGCUCCUGUGAGAACUCUGAUUACAACUGCCUGAGCAAGUGUGUGGAUACCACCCACAGCUGUAUUUCGACCUGUAAGACCAAUGAUUGCUACUCGAACUGUAUCGGUCAAAACUGGCCCGGUGCUAUACAAGAGGAGACAACUGCGUCUGCCUCUGCAUCACCAUCAGAUGCCACCCCCAGCGCGAGUGCAUCCGUAUCCGACGCCACGGCGACGCCAUCCGUAUCCGACUCUAUUUCUGCCUCAGCUAGUGCUUCCGAUUCCGUCUCUGCAUCUGCAUCUGAAUCUGCUUCGGCUUCGGCUUCGGCCUCGCUCGAGUCGUCAAGCAUGAUGUCCAGCGCUUCAUUCUCAUCGAUCUCGCUCCCUUCGUCAUCCUUCUCAUUCCCAAGCUCCUCCCUCAUGCCAUCCGCCUUAAGCAGCAGCGUGCCAGCUGCCCAACCUUCCCAUCCUGCACCAAGCUCUGUUGCUACAAACAUGGUCCCCAAGGAGUUCAUGGCUAUUGCUCUCACUGUCGCCCUCAUGGCCGCUGGUGGUAUGCUCCAGUAAAUAAAAGAUAAGCUGGCAUAACAAAGAAGAGGAACCAAAUCAACGUACUACAGCUCCCUUAUACCUCCCUCUCUCUUCCCUCUGUGUACAAUCUUCUUAACCCUACUACAACUAACUAGUACUUAGUGCUCCGCGCCCCCUACCUUUUUCUUCCCCUGCCCUGCAGAGGAAAAAAGCCAUAUAUCCCAUUUCCCCUCUUUUUCUCUCUAAUUUACUCCUUUUACACAAAAAAGAAUAACGAAUCAAAAUAUUGCUACCAUACUUUUGAUAACCCUUAGAUAAAAGUGCAAGAGAAAAUCACACCAUAUCACCUGGUCGUGUCUCUGGUGCACGAUAAUAAAGGAUUAUUUUG